UUUCUUCUCCCGGCUUUUCCUUCUCAAUUUUUUUUUUCCUCCGCUCCUGUUCAGGGAGAGCUUUCGCGUGGCGCCUGCGAGGUUUCUUCUCUCUCUCUCUCUCUCUCUCCCUCCCUCUCCCUCUCUCCUGCGUGUGUAUGUGCGGUUGGUUGGUGGAUGCUGUAAUUUCGAGCAAUGAAAUCCAGAGCUCGGGGCUGUGGUCGGAAAGGGACCCCCUUCUCGUCACUCUCGGCCGGUUUGUGUGAUUUUGCUAAAAUGCAUCACCAACAGCGAAUGGCUGCCUUAGGGACGGACAAAGAACUCAGUGAUUUACUGGAUUUCAGUGCGAUGUUUUCACCUCCUGUCAGCAGUGGAAAGAAUGGACCAACUUCUUUGGCGAGUGGACACUUUAGUGGCUCAAAUGUAGAAGACAGAACUAGCUCAGGGUCCUGGGGGAAUGGAGGACAUCCUAGCCCAUCCAGGAACUAUGGAGAUGGACCUUCUUAUGAACAUAUGACAAACAGGGACCUUGGAUCACAUGACAAUCUAUCUCCUCCUUUUGUGAAUUCCAGAAUACAAAGUAAAACAGAAAGAAGCUCUUAUUCAUCAUAUGGACGAGACUCAAAUCUUCAAGGUUGCCAUCAGCAAAGUCUCCUUGGAGGUGACAUGGAAAUGGGCAACCCAGGAACUCUUUCUCCUACCAAACCUGGUUCUCAGUACUAUCAGUAUUCUAGCAAUAAUCCACGAAGGAGGCCUCUGCACAGCACUUCUGUUGAAGUACAAACAAAGAAAGUUCGAAAAGUUCCUCCAGGUUUACCAUCGUCAGUUUAUGCCCCUUCUGCAAGCACUGCCGAUUACAAUCGGGAUUCGCCCGGCUAUCCAUCCUCAAAACCAGCAGCCAGCACUUUCCCUAGUUCUUUCUUCAUGCAAGACGGCCACCACAGCAGUGAUCCGUGGAACUCAUCCAGUGGAAUGAAUCCUCCUGGAUAUGGAGGAAUGUUGGGCAAUUCAUCUCAUAUUCCACAGUCCAGUAGCUAUUGCAGUCUUCAUCCUCAUGACCGCUUGAGCUACCCAUCACACUCCUCAGCAGACAUCAAUUCCAGUCUUCCUCCAAUGUCCACUUUCCAUCGCAGUGCCACAACCCAUUACAGUGCUUCUUCCUGUACACCUCCGGCAAAUGGAACAGAAAGUAUAAUGGCAAACAGAGGAAGCGGAGCUGCAGGAAGUUCACAGACAGGCGAUGCGCUGGGAAAAGCACUUGCAUCUAUUUACUCUCCAGAUCAUACCAACAACAGCUUUUCAUCAAAUCCUUCAACUCCUGUUGGUUCACCCCCUUCUCUCUCAGGAACAGCUGUUUGGUCUAGAAAUGGAGGGCAGGCAUCAUCAUCUCCCAAUUAUGAAGGUCCCUUACAUUCUUUGCAAAGCCGAAUCGAAGACCGCUUGGAAAGACUGGAUGAUGCUAUUCAUGUUCUCCGGAACCAUGCAGUGGGACCUUCAACUGCCAUGCCUGGUAGUCAUAGCGACCUCCAUAGCUUAAUAGGCCCUUCUCAUAAUGGAGCUAUGGGAGGCCUCGGAUCAGGAUAUGGGACAGGCCUUCUUUCAGCCAAUAGACAUUCACUAAUGUGUAGCACCCACACAACUCUUAAACAUUGUUACUAUUUGGGAUAUGCAUGUUCAUACAUGUGUUGUACGAACGCCCGCAUACAGACCUAUGCUUCUGUUCAUUUCUUCUCAGGCAUGCCAACUGGACUUCAAGGGCAAAGCAUAUCUUCAGGGAGUUCUGAAAUCAAAUCAGAUGACGAAGGAGAUGAGAACCUCCAGGACACGAAAGCUUCCGAGGACAAGAAGUUAGAUGAUGACAAGAAGGAUAUCAAAUCAAUUACUAGGUCAAGAUCUAGCAAUAAUGACGAUGAAGAUCUUACUCCGGAACAAAAAGCAGAGCGCGAGAAGGAAAGAAGAAUGGCCAACAACGCCCGUGAGCGCCUGCGUGUCCGUGACAUCAACGAGGCUUUCAAAGAGCUGGGCCGGAUGGUACAGCUCCAUCUAAAAAGCGACAAGCCCCAGACCAAACUUUUAAUCUUACAUCAAGCUGUAGCAGUUAUCCUCAGUUUAGAGCAGCAAGUCAGAGAAAGAAAUCUGAAUCCUAAAGCGGCGUGUUUGAAAAGAAGGGAAGAAGAGAAAGUAUCUUCGGACCCUCCUCCGCUUUCUUUGGCGGGACCCCACCCUGGGAUGGGAGACACAUCUAAUCAUAUGGGGCAGAUGUAAAAAAAAAGGAAAAAGGUCCAAGUUGCCACAUUUUCUUCACAUAAACCAGAGACCACUUCCUUAAACAGCUGUAUUAUCUUAAAAAAAAAAACAUAUAAACACUUAACCCUUCCCCCUCCCUUUUUUUGUAAUAUAAUAAGACAAGUCUGAGUAGUUACGAAUCACAGACGCAAGAGAUUUCAGCAUUCCUGAUUUUGAAAUAAAGAAAACAAAAGUGCAACUUGAGGGACAACCUCUUUUCAACAUAUCAAUUGGAAUGUUUCAAGGAGUAUGUUGACAGCUGUCAAUGCACAGCCAGGAGACUGAACGGCAAUCUUCUCCACACUGUGGGACAAUGCAUUUGUGCCUAAACUUCUUUUGGAAAAAAAAAUAUAAUUAAUUUGUAAGUCUGAAAAAAAAAUAUUUAAUUUAAAAAUUGUAAACUUGCAAUAAUGAAAAGUGUACUUCUGAAGAAAAAAAAUGAACGUUUUCAUUGGUGUACUAGUCAACUAGUGUUUAUACUUACUGGAUAUUAAAAAGGGAUGCUUCGCUACCCUAAUAUUUACAAAACCAGCAAACGUCCUAAUGAAAACUGAAGUAAUGACAUUAGCCAUUCCUUAGGGUAGGAAGAACAGAUGGAUCUUAUAGACCUAUGUCAAAAUACAAAACACAUGGACACAAACACACAUAUAUAAAUAUUAUAUAAAUAUAUAUAUAAAUAUAUAUAUAUAUAUAUAUUAAAAUUAGUGACUAUGGUAAGCUUUGUUCAUUUGUUUCCGACUUUUUUGCUCCUGUAAAAAAAAAAGAAAGAAAAAAACAAAGUACUGAUUAACUUUUUUUAAGAAAAAAAGAUUUUACUGUAAAUAAGUUUUUGUUGACGUCUUCUUUCUCUUCCCUCAUUGGCCCCUUCAGUUCCUUAUUGUAACCUGUAGUGCCAACUCUGUUGCUGGAGGGGCCGUUCCAGGAUGAAUUCUCACCCUGAGGUUGCUUGUCAUGCCUACAGAAAAGUAGCAAGCAAUCUCUUGAGUCCUUUGGGGAGAAUACAGGAUUAGAUCAGGUAUGUCUCAUGUCGAUAAGCGUAAGCCACAUUGCUGAGACCUCCAAGCCCCGAGGAAGUUCGGUACUAUGGUUUCCCAGACUGCUGGGAUGUCGGUUAGGAAUUCCGAGGGGCUCUAGUCCCUCCCCUACAGUCAACACAAGUUUGGGGAGAAAAUGGCCCAGGCAAUUGAAUUUUGGGGUGGAGUGGUGGAGAAUUCUAAACCACAACUGUUGCUCUCAUUAGACCCUAUUUCUAAGAUGUUCAGAGGUACAAGGUUAGAAUGCUACAAUGUUACCACUGUGCCUUCCAAUGUUUAUAUCAUCAAAAAAAUGUAACAUAAAUCAAAGGUGGCUGUGAUUUAACAAACCAGUAGAAAUGUUAAAUUAAUGUGUGUAGCUUAAAUACAAUAUGCAUCGAGGUGUUUCAGAAUACAUGGUCGAAGGCCGGGUGGGGGGAGACAGUUGCUAGUCGUAUGAGAGUUUGAUUUGAAAAAAGAAAACAUUUUAAAGGGUAUUCCUGAAAGACAGACCAUAUACUGCCUCCUCCGUUCAUUUAAAAAAAAAAACGCCAAUAUCCAACUGUCACACAGCAUUAGAACAAGCCUUACCCGUUCUAAAGCAUUAAGUUGCACUUUCUUAAGGAGGAGGGAGUAGAACAGUAUUUUUCUGGCCAGUAUGAACCAAGUUUUUACUUAACGCAUAUACAUUAUAGAAAGUAUAGAUCAGGGGUGUCAAAUUCGAUUUUAUUGAGGGCCGCAUCAGGGUUGUGUUUGACCUCGGGGGGCUGGGGUGGGAGUGGCAAGCUCGAUGUCACAUGUGUCGGGAGUGCCUGUGACGGCCUGCAGUGCUUCUGCCAGCAAAAACGAGCUCCCGAGCUCUGUUUUCAGCUGCCACAGCCUGCAACCUUCUGCCAGUGAAAACGGAGCCCGGGAGGCCAUUUUCGUUGGCAGAAGCACCGCGGGCCGUCCUUUGUUGUUUCCAGGAUGGCCCGUGGGCCAGAUCUAAGCACCCCGGGUCUUGAGUUGACACCCCUGGUAUAGAUCAAGCUUAUGACACAGCAACUCAUCCAAUAAUUGGAUUUCAGGGCAUCUCAACAAGCACCCACAGUGAAUCUUCCAAAGAUUUACUGUGGGAGACAGAACAGUUAACUGACAUUGCUCCCAAUUCAGUCUUUGUCAGCAUCUUUUUGUCUCCGGUUCAAGCUUCUGAUUUUUAUUUUUUUUUUCAAAAUAGCCACGCAAGCUUGGCAUGUUAUUUUUAAACGGAAUCUCCCGGUUUGAAUAGAUUUUCCACCUAUCAACACUGAGUAAAUGCCAUAUACCCAUUGAAAACGGUCUAUAGACUUUCCAUCUGUUCUCCUGUUUUGCCAGUUACAUAGUAAUGAAAAAAAAAAUACAUUUGUAAAUUUUAUGCAACAAAAUGGCAAACGUAUCAUUAUUUUGAAAUUGUGUAUGUAAAAGUUAUAUUUUUACAUGUAGACUCUUGUUAUUAUGUGUUUUAAUACAUUGUAUCAAACUUUUGUUUUUUUUUAAACUGUGGUUGAAACAAAAUCUCAUUUAAAUGAAAUAGUGAGAAAUAAGAAUCUUAAUUUUAUGUUACUGAAAAAGCUAAAAGAACAAAUAUGGUAGUUUGCCAUGUGAACCACCCUUUCCAUAUCCAUAAACAUUUUGAUUACCUGUAUGUGUUGAAAAUUGUAAAUAUGUUCAGUAGCAGUAAAACUUUUAAAAAUACUAUUAUUUGUUAAUAAGUUUCUCAAAUGUGGAGGUGGAUUAAGCUCAUAAUAGAGCAGAGACUGUGUAAGUUGAAAUCAGAACAAGAAAUGAGUAUUUCAUCGCAGAUGCCAUACUUCUAAUAGAAUAUGUGUAGAUGAAAAUGUUUUGUCUUAAACCUAAUUCUUUUAGUACUGGUAUUCUAAACAUUGGAGGAUUCUCUUUUAAUUGACAAGUUAUUAAUAUAGUUUAGGAUUAAAGUUUUUUUAUAAAAAACAAUUCUAAUACUUUUAAUGGGAAGUUGUUAUUUCAGAGGAUAACUUUGCGUUAAAAACCUGGAUAAAUCAAAGAGGCGUUAACUUCCAUCUUGAUGUCAUCAGUGUGAGCAUUUCUGCUUGUUUACAUUCAUAAUGCAAAGAUUUCAAAUCGUCUGCUCUGUAUAUAAAACUUAAUUUGGAUAAGAGAGAGCUAUCAACACAAAAUCAAAAUGCCGUCUUUUUAAUAACUGCCCAGAUUGAUGACAUUGUAUGAAUCUUGAAACAUGCAGUCACAGAACAUUGAUAAAAAGAUGGUUUUCAUUACCAGCCAUUCAGUACAUUUGAACAGCAGAGAUGAUUCUAAACAGGAAUGAAAAUGGUGAUGUACAUAGAACCAAUAGAGGCUUAGUUGUUUAUAAAACAGUAAUCUAAUCUCUGUGGUUUUGGACAUGGUUUCCUGUUCCAUAAUGGAAUUUAAACUUGAAAAUUAAUCAGUCAUGAUGUUUUCUGUUGUUCACCCUCUCCCCUCCCUCCUCUGCUUGCUUUAAUUUAGUAUGUGAUCCUAAGAAAUAAGACAUCAAGAAUUGCUUAACUUUCACUGCUGCUGUCCACAGUGGGAGUUGUCACUUGUUAAAAGAUCUGGCAAUGACUUUUAAUGACCGAGAGGUAGAGGUGUGCAAGUUGUUUCGAAUUUGAAGUGUUCCAUAUAUAUUCCGCAGGUCUUUUGAGCUCGAAGCAAAAGCAUCGUGUUGAGAUUUUGAGAUGCUUCCACGAUUGUCAGAAAAUUCAGCAGAUUUGGAGUGCUUUGCACACUUGUACGAAGGAAAAACCACAUAUUGUUGUACAACAAUGAACAGUACUUGGACACUACAAUUGUAGAAAUCUAUCCAACGUGUAAUGAAUGAUCCACCUCCACAUUCAAGUAAUUUAUGAAUACACAGAUUAAGGAAAUCUGUUCAUCUAGAUUUUUUUUUAAUUAUUUUUUACAUUUGUCUUACGUGUUAGCUGCAAAGGACACUAAUGUUUAUACAACUGUCAGUUCAACCAGUGAUGCAACUUGUAAUUGAUGCAGUCUUCCGAUUUGUUUUAUUCGUUGAUUUCAUUGGAAGGGUGGGGACGGGUGGGGAUAGAGUGGGAGGAAUGCGGAGCAAUUUCCAAAUUUUCAUUGUUCUGUUCAACAGGCACAGUGCAACCUGUGCCAGACCGUGUAAUAAUAGUACAUUGCCACAAACGAAGAGAAUUUUAUCGGGUGAGAAAAAGCACAAGUCAAGCUUAAUCCACUGACUGAUACGAGAAGGAAAAAAAAUGAUUUUUCUAAAGAUGGAAUACAAUGAAUUCCAACACAGUGGGGGCACCAAGAUUUUUCUUUCUUUCCUUCCUUCCUUUCUUUCUUUUUCUUUUUCAUUUUCCUAGCAUCUUCUCAUGGGACUUGAAACUGAUUCACCCUUGUGCAGUGCUGGUUUGACCAUACUCAUUUCAAGUAUUAUAGACUUAUGUAAUGGUGAAAAUAUAUGAACUGUGGCCUUUUUCAUUCUUGUUACUUGUGAUGCAACUAAGUGAAGAUACGGAAAAGCAGAGGUUUACCAUGUAUCAGUGCCUGCCUUUUUGUUACAAAGCUUUGUUUGUCUAGUGACCUUUUUGCUAUAAAAUAGACUGUAGUACACCCAAGUAGGAUAAAAGAAAAGCCUAAAUUUAAAAAAAAAAGUAUAUUUGGCUUAUUUUUCACAGGAGCAAUCCUUUUAUACCACAAAUAUUGGGGGUGAAAGGGUGGGACGGGGUUGUCAGAUUCUGAAUAUUUCUUCUUUGUAGAUGUUUGGAAUCAUUCUAAGUAAAAGUUUGUUACUUUAUUUUACUAUUUAAAAGAUGUUAUUUUACAUAUGUGUUACCAAGAUGAAAUUGUACGAUAGCUUUUUUUUUUUCUUUUUGUUUUUCCCCCCCCCCCCCCCUUAUUUCUUUCUCUCUCUUUUUUUUAAGUUGGAGGUCGCAGUGGGGAACUUUUUUUUGCGACUGUACCCAUAGCUGCAACAUUUUAAAAGGAGGGGGAAAAUUUAAAUAAAAAAGGGAAAAAUGAUAAAAGGGACAAAAAGAUUAAAAAAAAGAUAACAACAGUUACACUUUGUUUUUCACAGUUACACUUUGUUUUUCAACGUGUGGCUGAGUGCCUCGAUAUUUUUUUCCCCCAUGUUUUCAGUGUAUUUCUGAUUUAUAGAAGUGUCUAAAACAGGUUGUGCGCUGGAGAUCCCCAAAAGCGAAACACACAGCUUGCUGUGGACCUUUAUGUUUCCCAUUUUGUAGUUAUUUGAUGCCGUCAUGUACAUGACUGUUCUGUAGCAAUAAAUGUGCCAUUUUUAUAAACUUGUUUCUGACACUUUCGUUUCAUUUCAUUUUGCAUUGUCCCAUUUCUGUAGGUAUCACAAGGAGUCACUGCCUAGGAAUGACCUAAUAGGUGGCGCUGUCAUCUGCCCUCCCAACUCCAAAAGCAAUGGGUUUUUAAAGUGUUCUCGGAAGUGCUCCAUUCCAGAUGAUGUGUAAAACUGAAGUUGUGAUCACCCAAGUUCCUCUCUCAGAAUAUGAUUCCUUCUAGAGGCCUCUUCACUUUUUUUUUUUUUUUUGCACUGGGUAGUUGAUU